AUGUAUUUGCGUAGUACGACUAGUACUAAGUCGUAUUUAGUACGACUGAUCAGCUCGGUUCUCGGAUACUCCUCACAAGUAAAAUGCUCACAUAUAUUGGUGAAGCACCGCAAUUCUCGCAGACCCUCUUCUUGGCGUCAGGACAAAAUAACUCGUUCCAAAGAAGAUGCGCUUGAAUUGAUUGAAGCAAAGUUUACAGAACUUAAAACAGCGUCAUUUACGUAUAAAUUUUCGGAAAUCGCUUCGAAAUACAGUGACUGUUCGUCGGCGAAAAACGACGGCGACCUUGGGUAUUUUAGCCGCGGCGAAAUGCAGAAAGCGUUUGAAGAAUGUGCAUUCGCGCUAAAAAUCGGCGACGUAAGCAACCCAGUGUUCACAGACAGCGGUGUGCAUCUUAUUUACAGGACUGCUUAA